AUGCUGAAAGAUCUAAGAAAAAUCACCAAAAAGCAUCAAAAAACUAGAAAAAAGAAAGUUCAACAAAAUGCGAAAGAUCCAAGAAAAUUUACUAAGAAAUGCCAAAAGAUUCAAGAAAGCCAUGAAAAAGUUUACCAAAUGAUUUUAUAA